UGCAGCGUCAUAAUUUCUCCUCCUCUCCCGUCUCUCUGGCCCUGUAUCUCAGGCUCACUGUAUUAUUCACAUCCCGCUCUUUUUUUCUCCUUCUGACAGCUAAAUAUCCCAUCCCAAAGCUCUCUUUCUCUCUCCUAAAGUAUUUUGGGCUCUCUCUCUACGUUCUAUUUUUUAGAUUUGAAGGAAAUGCAGGACCAAGGUACUAGUUCAAUUGCAGCCAGUUCAUUGCCUUCAAGUAGUGAGAGAUCUUCAAGCUCCGCCCUUCACGUUGAAGUAAAAGAAGGUAUGGAGAGUGAUGAUGAAAUAAGAAGAGUACCGGAGAUGGGCGGAGAGGCGGCUGGGCCGGUAGUUUCCGCCACCGGUCCGGUUCAGCCAUCAAGUGGCGGGCAAAGGAGGAGAGGUAGAAGCCCAGCUGACAAAGAAAACAAGAGGUUAAAACGGUUGUUGAGGAACAGAGUGUCAGCACAACAAGCUAGGGAGAGGAAGAAGGCAUACUUGAUUGAUUUGGAGGCAAGAGUCAAAGAGUUGGAAACUAAGAAUGCAGAGCUCGAAGAGAGGCUUUCGACUAUGCAAAAUGAGAAUCAAAUGCUUAGACAGAUACUGAAAAAUACAACUGCAGGAUCACAGGAGGGGCGGAAGUGAAUAAAAUUUUACAUGAGAGAGAGAGAGACUCGGGUAACAGAAAGGAGGAUCUUUUGAUCUUCAUAAACACACGAGGUGGAGAUCAUUUGAGUUAUCUUGUUCCUUCUUUUAUUUAAACCAAACGCCAGAUGCUAUAGAUUGUAGAUUAGCUAUUCAGUAAUUGUAGGAGAAGUUGGAUUCUGUGGUAGAUGAUUUCCCUAACCUCUAUGCUCCAUGCUUGAUUCUCCAUAAGCAAGAAUCGAAGAAAGAUUUUUCUCUUUCAAUUUCGUGUUCUUGGCAUUUGAUCCACUCCAUCAAACCAGGGUAAUGAAAGUUUAUGCCUAGUUGGUAAUUCAUUUUUCA